AAGCAGAACGAAAAUCGCUAAUAUCUUCUCACUUUUUCAGAAAAAAUCAGCAUAAUUUCAGGUCCAAGAAGAGACAAACUCUCUUGAUCGAUUGAUUCUAUUCUACUUCAAGCUUUGUACUUCGUUAGUUUCAACAUGUCUGCUUUUGGUCCUCGUCCUCAAUGGUUGCCAAUUGUUCUGGGUCGCGAGUUUCCUUUCCUGUGUCCUAUUUUCGGUGUUCUUGGUACACCUUGUGACAGGGAGUUGGGAGCAUCUUGCACAAGAAAUGAGCAAUGUCGGUCGAUGUGGUGCUACAAUGACAAAUGCUUUGAGCCACUGCCAGACAGAGCCCGCUGCUAUGAAGAUGUUGAGUGCGUCAGUGAAAAGUGCGUUGUCGUUGGAAACAACAACAACAACAACAACCACAGAAGGCUCGGAGGAACCAGAGAAAGAGAUUUAGGAAACAACAAUAACAAUAACAACAAUAAUAAUAAUAAUAACAACAAUCGCAAUAAGCGCUGCGCGGAUAAAAAGCAAGAAAUUGGAACUUAUUGUGACAAGGAUUCUGAGUGCAAGUCUGGAACCUGUAUCUUUUAUGAUUGCUUUCUUGCCUUGAUCUUCAACUGCUACAACAUUUGCGUGCCUGCCGAGGGCACAGGACAACCCGGAGACUUUUGCUUGGAGGGCGUUCAAUGCUCAAGUGGACUCUGUGCCUUUGCCAAUGACGUUGGUGAAUACCAGUGCAAGGAAGAACCCUUGGGUAUCCGUGAGAGGCAACACAAUAGAAACAAUAACGGUCACAGAAUGAUGGUGGACGGAGGAGAUAUGAUGGAUCCAUUUCUUCCGGGCCCGAACUAAACUAACUUGAACUGCAGUUCAUGGAAUGAACUGAGCAUGAUUCGAUCCUGAUUUGACCUGUCAAUGAUAGUCCACCAAAAUUGGAAGGACUGUGCUUUGGCGAACAUGCUGCGUUGCUGCUUUACAAGCGCACCCAGGUUUAUGAUGGAAAUGUAUGUAUACCGGUAUCUGUGCAAACGAUGAUAAUUGGCUACCGUACCCACAACGAGAGAAGUAACAAUAGUACUACGACUACUACUAGUAAAGACGGUGUUGUUAUGG